CCUUGACACUGCACUUCCUCUUUCAUUCUCUUCAUUCUCUUCUUUCGCUUUGCCUGGAUAUACGUAUUUAAUUGUUGUCUGUUAUUAGCGUUGCUCUGAUCUCAACACCCGUCACUACGCUGCACCUCAUCGUCUUGAUCCUGAUAUACCAAGACAUGAUACACCUGCCCGUCCCAUAACUACUCUCUAACCAUGUUAAUAUCGCCGGAUCCUACUGAAAAUGCAACAACUACCACAAUCGAGUCCUUUUACAGGACACCCAAACUCCCCCUCCGAAAAGCAGAAUACCAGAAAGAAAGCUCGACAAUGCCGGAUACCGAGGUCGUCGAACUGCGAACUGCAACAGCCGAUACGAUGAAACCGUCGGUUCUUAGGUUAGAGAAUCUGGAUAGAGUGCCUAACGACGCCGACGAUGACGAGAUCUCCGCUGUCACUGAUGGCCUUCUCAGCAGUAGAGGGCCUUCACCGACCCGUCUACCACCUCCGCAGUCGACCGCUUUCAGUCUUCCUCGGCAUCCCCUGUUUCCGCCGCUUCCGAUAUAUGAUCACCCUCCUUCGACUCUUGAGACUUUGCGGUAUCUGGUCCUUCGGUCGAUAUCAUUCGUUUUAUCCCUAUCGUUUCUCUUGAUUAUAAUUCUCGGUGCUUUCUUCCGCAAUAUUUGGCUUUCUUUAGUCUCGAUAGGCCACCAUUUCCAAGGAAAGGGAAAGCCACAACAGCGGAUAUUUCACGCAGAAGAGCAAGCACGGAGGUUGGAAAGGACAACUUCAUCGAGGAAGUGGAAACUUCGACAGGAGAAGAAGGAGGUUGACGAAGAGGUUCCGGAUGAUUGCCCACCCUUGGAAGGCGGGAAAGACCCAAUUAUCGGUGAUGUCGGUUAUUAUGCGAGGAGAGUUGGGUUGGAUGUGGAGACAUUCAAAGUGCAAACAGAAGACGGAUUCAUCCUCACUCUUUGGCAUCUUUACAAUCCUCAAGAGUAUAAUCCUCUCCCGGCCAGUGAGAGAGGGCCGCGGGGUCCGGAUGUCUUUAGCAGGGGAAGGAAUUCGCAGUCGUCCGGCAGUGUUCGCCGCAAGUACCCGAUUCUCUUAAUGCACGGAUUGCUGCAGAACUCCGGGGCAUAUUGUGCGAAUGACGAUGACAGCCUCGCUUUCUUUCUUUGCAAGUCUGGGUAUGAUGUCUGGCUCGGGAAUAAUCGCUGCGGUCUUCAGCCAGAACAUACGACGAUGUUGCAGGACGAUCCCCGCAUGUGGAGCUGGACGAUUCAACACAUGGGUGUCUUUGAUAUUACUGCUUUGACAUCGCGUGUAUUGUUCCAGACUGGGUACGAAAAGCUGGGGCUUGUAUGUCACUCACAAGGAACAGCCCAAACCUUCGUAGCGUUGGCGAAAAGCCACCGCCCGGAGCUGGGGAAGCAUAUCUCGGUAUUCUGUGCUCUGGCACCGGCUGUAUAUGCUGGGCCGCUUGUUGAGCGCAUUUAUUUCCGAUUCAUGCGACAGAUCUCGCCUGCAGUGUUUCGGUUAAUUUUUGGCAUCCAUUCCUUCAUCCCAUUCAUGCUCACGGUCCAACGAUGGCUCCAUUCUCGGAUAUUCGGAAAGCUGAGCUAUGUAGUCUUUACUUAUCUUUUCGACUGGUCAGACGCCCGGUGGGACUGUGGACUUCGGGACCGCCUGUUCCAGUUUGCACCUGUCUAUGUUAGCAGCGAGACCAUCCGGUGGUGGCUUGGAGCGGAUGGGUUUUCAACACAUGAAUGCAUUCUCGCCACCAGGGAUUCGUGCUUAAUCGAGGUUGACGAGGACCGCUGUAUCCAACGAGGCACCGAACACGAGACUUCCCGAAGUGACACCGCCUGGUAUGGCCCCAACACCCCGCCGUUUGCGCUAUGGGUUGGCGGCUCAGAUCAGUUGGUGGAUGGCCGGAAAUUGCUGCAGCGCUUCCGGAAUGGCCGGGAGCCCCACGUGCAGUUGGCUCAUGCGAAGGUGAUUGAAGAAUACGAGCAUCUCGACGUGCUGUGGGCGAUGGACAUGAUUGAGCAGGUUGGCUGCGAGGUUCGGCAAGUGCUGUGGGACACGAUGCCUGCGGAUGCGCGGACGUCGAGUGUGAUACCGCGGGGAGUUGAGUAAUAUACCCAUACCUAGCAUGAUCCAUGUAUAUACUGUAGACUUUUUAAUUAUGACGAUAUGACCUGAAGUUAUUUGUAACUUCUAAGUAAUUACCCGC